AUGACAGAUCAUCAUGGAGUUACAUUACUCGUUUAUGGCUUGGGGAUUACUGAACGUGCAGCAUAUGAUGAGGUUUCUUCUGCUAGUGGCAAUUCAGUCAGGCUUGAAUGGUUGCGAAGUCAGUUUGCUGGUGUCAUAGAUUCAAACCCGAGGAGGCUAUACAGUGCGCUGCAAGAGCUUAUUUAUUGUUUCUGUUGGGAUGUACACUCUUCAGUGACAAGAGUGGCGGCAGGUUGGGGUUUGCUAGCCGGUCUGGGGGUUAAGCAGAUGGGUGGUUAUAUGACUCUUUUGGAGGCGAGUGGAUUUAUGACUCUUUUGGAGGCGUGGAUUUAUGAGCAACUUCCGAGCGAUUCCGACCUCAUCAGAACCAUGGGCUACACUGAGACAUCCACAUGUGUUAUUUGGGAUCCAUACCACAGUUGCAGAGACCGGCAUCCAUGUAACCCGGUUACGUUCUACCAUGGACUGCUUAAAGUGCUUAGACGUUGUCGAAUCGUAUCAAUCCAGAUAGGAGUUUUGAGGCAGUUUGGCAGGGUUCAAACCAUCCCAGAUGCACCGCUAGCUCCUAGUCGUGGUGCACAAGCGUAUUUGCACAAUGCACUGCAGAUUUCACAUCCUAUUAUUGACGCUGGUUAUCAGGAGGGGAUUCGCCAUCCUUAUCGACUUUACCAGGCUAUCGAGAGUGCAAAAAUCAACUUUGAUGUAGAUAAAAGAGGAGCUAGAUGGAAAAAUCUUGAAAUUAAGAAGCUUGCUUUUGGAGGUGAUGAUUCAAAUGUUGGAUCCCCCAGGAUUAAUCUCACAGCAACAGCAAAAUCAAAUCCUCCUCAGUCACUUAGAGAUGCCAGUCAAAGUGGGGGCCGAAGCCAAAGACGAGUUGAAGGUUAUGAUAUGCUUGACAUUGCUGUGAAGGAUACCUCUUUACCUGAUUCUCCUCCUGUCCAGGAAGAGUACCUUACUCAUGCUUUUCCAGGUGGACCGACUGAUCCGUCAAUACUGCGGAGUUUCAAUAGUCAUGUGGCUGCAGCUAUUUGGCACGGGGAGGAACGAGGGCCCCUAAAGUGUCAUAAUCACUCUUCCAAGAUCCUUGCAUGGCCAUGGUGGUUAGUAGAGAACAACACCAGAUUCAAAGCCAUUAUUGAGCAGUCUGGACUGUCACAGUUAGCUCGUUGCACUUAUCGGUUCGUCAACAAGCUUCUGGUCUCAUGUUUUGUUGAGAGAUGGCAACCUGAGACGAACACAUUUCACAUGACAGUUGGUGAGAUGACCUUGACCUUGGAUGAUGUUGGCACGAUUCUUGGCCUUCCCAUUGUAGGCAAAUCAGUCAGCAUACCAGAUGUGACAGAUCAUCAUGGAGUUACAUUACUCGUUCAAGGCUUGGGGAUUACUGAACGUGCAGCACAUGAAGAGGUUUCUUCUGCUGGUGGCAAUUCAGUCAGGCUUGAAUGGUUGCGAAGUCAGUUUGCUGGUGUCACAGAUUCAGACCCCGAGGAGGCUAUACAGUGCGCUGCAAGAGCUUAUUUAUUGUUUCUGUUGGGAUGUACACUCUUCAGUGACAAGAGUGGCGGCAGGGUUCCCGUUGUUUACCUCGGCUUGUUGAUGGAUUUGGGAUCCAUACAUACUUAUGCCUGGGGUGCUGCUGCAUUAGCAUUUUUAUAUCGACAGUUGGGGUUUGCUAGCCGGUCUGGGGUUAAGCAGAUGGGUGGUUAUAUGACUCUUUUGGAGGCGUGGAUUUAUGAGCACUUCCGAGCAUUCCGACCUCAUCAGAACAUGGGCUACACUGAAGACAUGCCACAUGUGUACCAUUGGGCAUCUAGGAGAGAGGCGGGUUCCUCCAUUGACCAUUUGAAAUCUUUUCGAGCCGAGCUUGACAGUUUAGUAGCUACUGAUGUUAUUUGGGAUCCAUACCACAGCUGCAGAGACCGGCAUCCAUGUAACCCGGUUACGUUCUACCAUGGAUGCUUAAAGUGCUUAGACGUUGUCGAACCGUAUCAUCCAGAUAGAGUUUUGAGGCAGUUUGGCAGGGUUCAAACCAUCCCAGAUGCACCGCUAGCUCCUAGUCGUGGUGCACGAGGCAACAUAUCUGCACGAUAUACCGUCAUGUACAGAUACUUGGAUAGGAUGUGGGAGGCUUGGGAUAACCACGUGUUGUCUGCGCAACGGAGGAGCACACCAGUUCGUCGGCCUUGGCAAUGUGUACCGGGUUACAUGGAUUGGUAUAAGAAUAUCACGCACCUAUAUGUCGAGCACACUGAUGAACCGCGUGUCCAUGACCAUCAGGAUUUCAGCGAACAUGCGGAUCGUAUUGCACAUGCACUGCAGAUUUCACAUCCUAUUAUUGACGUUGGUUAUCAGGAGGGGAUUCGCCAUCCUUAUCGACUUUACCAGGCUAUCGAGAGUAUGACACAUGUUCUUGAAGGUCAGAACAUUGACGAAGCUAGUUCUGCUGGAGGUCGCUUUCCAUCUUCGACAUUGACAUACAGUCGUAGGCCUAGGCGUUGGCAUAUAGCUGAUUCGUGA